AAAUUGUCAAUAUGAUUGUCAAAUGUCAAUGUCAUUAAUUUUUCUGGAUAAGUUGUUGGAUAAUCAGGCGAAGAUUUUAUAUUUUAAAGCUAUUUGAAGAGAAAAAUCAUGCUUAAGGCCAUUACAACGGCAACGAGGUUGUCUAAAACCUCUAUUUCAAGAAGUCUUCCUGCCUUAUCCAUUGGAUCAUCUCGUUUUGCUUCCGAUCAAAAUCCCAUAAAUAGGAAAGAGGCCCCUAAAAUCGAUACUGAAACUGUAAUUGCGCUGCCGGAAGAAGCAAGGGAGAAAAAGGUCUAUGAAUCAAGCAUUUCUGUACCAACCAAGGUUGACCUGUCACCAAUAACUGGUGUUCCCGAUGAGCAUGUCCGAACCCGCAGAGUUCGCAUUUACCAGCCACCAAAGAACGCCAUGCAGAGUGGCACAAGCAACAUCCACCACUGGGAAAUGGAGUUUGACACCAGGCAGCGUUGGGAAAACCCUCUGAUGGGAUGGACAUCGACCGGUGAUCCUCUGUCCAACAUGAAGAUUCAGUUCACCUCCCCUGAUGAAGCUAUUGAGCACUGCGAAAAGAAUGGUUGGAUGUGGUACAUUGAUGAACCAAAAACUGAGAAGCAGUUCAGGCCUAAGAGCUAUGGAGUUAACUUCUCAUGGAAUCGCCGCACUAGGGUGUCCACAAAGUAGACAAAUAUAGGGAUAUUAUGAAGCCGAAUACAAAUUAGUAGUAAUUUGUUGUUAAAUUUAAUAAAUUCUUGAAAAUGUU